GCCCUGCCGGGAAGGACGCGCCGCUCCCGCCUUGCACCGCUCGGGCUUCUCCGCGCCUGCACCGGGGCUUCCCCCCCUUCCUUAAUUUUAUUUUUAUUUUUUCUUUACUUUGUACGGUGUUGGACAUGGAGCCGCCGCGACUCUUUUGAUGCUUUUUUUUUUUUUUUUUGUUUUCCUCUUUCUCUCCUGGGGCAGGAUUUUUCUGUGUAUGUUUUUCCAGCGGUGGGAGGACCCUUCCCCAUCCUUCUCCGUCUCCUUGAGUUAGUUCCCCGCACGCUCGGGAAACCUCGGAGCCUCCUGGACUGAAUGCAACUUUUUUUCCUCCCUCCUCACCCCUUCCCCCUUUGCUGAGCCCUGUCAGCAGGGACGGAAAGAAAAGCCCCGGCGAGGAAGAGGAGGAGGAGGAGGAAGGGGCUGUACGUGCAUGUGUGGUUGCUGCUGGUGCUCAGGACCCCAAUCUGUAGGUGUGCGUUGAAAUAUGGAGAAUAGUCUUGGAUGUGUUUGGGUACCAAAGCUGGCUUUUCUCCUCUUCGGGUUUACGCUGGCGAGCCUGCAUCCUCGAGUCUCCGGUUCACAGAUUAAGACUUUUACAUCGUUGAGGUUCUUGACUGAGCCUUCGGAUGCUGUCACCAUGCGUGGAGGCAACGUGCUGUUGAACUGCGUAGCGGAAUCAGAUCGAGGAGCCCCGGUUAUUAAAUGGAAGAAAGACGCGGUCUUCUUAAACCUGGCAGUAGAUGAAAGGAGGCAGCAACUGGCCAACGGAUCCCUUUUGAUACAAAACAUAGUCCACUCCAGGCACCACAAGCCGGAUGAAGGUCUCUACCAGUGUGAAGCAUCUCUAGAAGGCAUUGGAGCUAUCAUCAGUCGGACAGCUAAGGUCAUGGUAGCAGGACCACUGAGGUUCCUUUCCCAGACAGAAUCUGUCACGGCUUUCGCAGGAGACACGGUUCUGCUCAAGUGUGAAGUUGUCGGGGAGCCCAUGCCCGUGGUACACUGGCAGCGAAACCAGGAGGACUUGUUCCCGAGCCCGGGUGACCCGCGGGUGGCCGUCCUGCCCUCCGGAGCUUUACAGAUCAGCAGGGUUCAGCAUGGGGACAGCGGGAUCUACAGAUGUCUGGCCAAAAACCCAGCCAGUUCAAGAACUGGAAACGAUGCCGAAGUCAGAGUUUUGGCAGAUCCAGGUUUGCACAGGCAGCAGUUUUUCCUGCAGCGCCCGUCGAACGUGGUGGCCAUGGAAGGGAAGGAUGCCGUUCUGGAGUGCUGCGUUUCUGGGUACCCGCCUCCCACCUUCACGUGGCUGCGAGGAGACGAAGUGCUCCCCGUCAGGUCCAAAAAGUAUUCCUUACUGGCUGGCAGUAACUUACUCAUCUCAAAUGUGACUGACGACGACGCUGGGACGUACACGUGUGUAGUCACCUACAAGAACGAGAACAGCAGCGGCUCGGCAGAGCUCUCGGUGAUGGUCCCACCGUGGUUUUUAAUUCGCCCUUCAAAUCUUUAUGCCUACGAGAGUAUGGAUAUUGAGUUUGAAUGUGCCGUGUCUGGGAAGCCUGUUCCUACGGUGGAGUGGAUCAAGAAUGGAGAAGUCGUCAUCCCCAGCGACUAUUUUCAGAUAGUGGGUGGCAGCAACUUACGGAUUCUGGGCUUGGUAAAGUCAGAUGAAGGUUUUUAUCAGUGUGUAGCUGAAAAUGAAGCUGGAAAUGCACAGGCCAGUGCACAGCUAAUCAUCCCGGAGCCUGCUGUCCCAAGUUCCAGUGUCCUCCCCUCUGCCCCCCGAGAUGUGGUCCCUGUUUUGGUCUCCAGCCGAUUUGUCCGUCUCAGCUGGCGCCCACCCGCAGAAGCCAGAGGCAGCGUCCAGACGUACACGGUCUUCUUCUCCAGGGAUGGCGUCAACAGGGAACGGGCCGUCAACACGUCUCAAUCUGGGACGCUUCAACUUACCGUGGGCAACCUGAAGCCGGAGGAGACCUACACCUUCCGAGUGGUGGCGUACAACGAGUGGGGCCCGGGAGAGAGCUCGCAGCCGGUCAAGGUGGCCACGCAGCCGGAGCUGCAAGUCCCCGGGCCGGUGGAAAACCUGCGGGCUGUGUCUACCUCACCUACCUCCAUCCUCGUCUCCUGGGAUCCCCCUGCCUAUGCGAACGGCCCCGUUCAAGGCUACAGGCUCUUCUGCACGGAGACGGCGACGGGGAGAGAGCAGAACGUGGAGGUGGACGGGCUCUCCUACCGCCUGGAGGGGCUGAAGAAGUUCACCGAGUACACCCUGCGCUUCCUCGCCUACAACCGCUACGGCCCCGGCGUCUCCACCGAGGAAGUGACGGUCACCACGCUUUCGGAUGUGCCCAGCGCGAUGCCUCAGAACGUCUCCUUGGAAGUGGUUAACUCCAGGAGCAUCAAAGUUAGCUGGUUGCCUCCACCACCAGGUACUCAAAAUGGAUUUAUUACGGGCUAUAAAAUCCGACAUAGAAAGACUACCCGCAGGGGUGAGAUUGAAACGCUGGAGCCAAACAACCUCUGGUACUUGUUCACAGGACUCGAGAAAGGAAGCCAGUACAGUUUCCAGGUGGCUGCCAUGACAGUGAAUGGGACGGGGCCCCCCUCGGACUGGUACACGGCGGAAACACCCGAGAACGAUCUGGACGAAUCUCAGGUUCCUGACCAGCCAAGCUCUCUUCACGUCAGGCCCUUGACGACAAGUAUCGUCAUGAGUUGGACUCCGCCGCUCAACCCGAACAUCGUCGUCCGCGGGUACAUCAUCGGCUACGGCGUCGGCAGUCCCUAUGCUGAGACUGUGCGGGUGGACAGUAAACAGCGCUAUUAUUCCAUUGAAAAUUUGGAGCCAAGUUCGCAUUACGUGAUUUCCCUAAAGGCCUUUAACAACGCGGGCGAAGGGGUGCCUCUGUACGAAAGCGCGACCACCAGGUCGAUGACAGACCCCAUUGAUCCAUUAGAAGUUGAUUUUUAUCCUUUGCUUGAUGAUUUCCCUACCUCAGUCCCAGAUAUCUCCACCCCCAUGCUCCCACCAGUAGGUGUCCAGGCUGUUACACUUACGCAUGACGCAGUGAGGGUCAUCUGGGCAGACAACUCUGUCCCAAAGAACCAAAAGACUACGGAGGUUCGCUUCUACACGGUCCGAUGGAGAACGAGCUAUUCGACAAGCGCUAAGUACAAGUCAGCAGAUACGACCGCCCUGAGUCACACAGUGACCGGUCUGAAGCCCAACACCAUGUACGAGUUCUCCGUCAUGGUCACCAAAGGUCGGCGGUCCAGCACCUGGAGCAUGACCGCGCACGCCACCACCUAUGAAGCAGCUCCAACCUCUGCUCCCAAGGAUCUGACAGUCAUUACACGGGAAGGGAAGCCCCGGGCCGUCAUUGUCAGCUGGCAGCCGCCGUUGGAUGCCAAUGGAAAAAUUACUGCUUACAUCCUCUUCUAUACUUUGGACAAGAACGCUCCGAUCGAUGACUGGGUUAUGGAGUCCAUCAGCGGCGACCGCCUCACCCACCAGAUCAUGGACCUCAACUUGGACACCGUCUACUACUUCAGAAUCCAAGCACGCAACGCCAAGGGAGUGGGGCCCCUCUCCGAUCCUAUUUUCUUCCGGACUCUGAAAGCCGAGCACCCUGACAAAAUGGCUAAUGACCAAGGUCGUCACGGGGAUGGUUCCUACUGGCCGGUGGACACCAACCUGAUAGACAGGAGCAGUCUGAACGAGCCUCCCAUCGGGCAGAUGCACCCUCCCCACGGCAGCGUCACGCCCCAGAAGAACAGCAACCUCCUUGUCAUCAUCGUCGUCACCGUGGGCGUCAUCACCGUGGUGGUGGUGGCGGUGGUGGCCGUCAUCUGCACCAGGCGCUCCUCGGCCCAGCAGAGGAAGAAACGUGCAACCCACAGCGCUGGCAAAAGGAAGGGCAGCCAGAAGGACCUGAGACCCCCGGAUCUGUGGAUACACCAUGAGGAGAUGGAAAUGAAGAACAUCGAGAAGCCAACGGGCUCAGACCCCGCGGGAAGGGACUCCCCCAUGCAGAGCUGCCAGGACAUCACCCCCGUCAGCCACAGCCAGUCGGAAACGCAGCUGGGCAGCAAGAGCACCCCACAGCCCGGUCCCGAGACAGAAGAUGUUGGAAGCAGCAUGUCCACGUUGGAGCGCUCGCUCGCCGCCCGCCGAGCCACCCGGGCCAAGCUCAUGAUCCCCAUGGAUUCGCAACCAAGCAACCCUCCUGUGGUCAGUGCCAUUCCGGUGCCAACGCUAGAAAGUGCCCAGUACCCCGGGAUCCUGCCGUCCCCCACCUGCGGAUACCCCCACCCGCAGUUCACCCUCCGGCCGGUGCCGUUCCCGACCCUCUCCGUGGACAGGACCUUUGGAGCAGCAAGAACUGUAAACGAAGGCCCCGCACCGCAGCAGCCGUCCUUGCUACCGCAGACGCAGCCUGAGCACUCCACCACCGAGGAUGCCCCCAGCAGAACCAUCCCCACCGCCUGCGUCCGCCCUACGCACCCUCUCCGCAGCUUUGCCAACCCCUUGCUACCUCCGCCCAUGAGUGCAAUAGAACCGAAAGUCCCUUACACACCGCUUCUGUCUCAAACAGGGCCUAACCUCCCCAAGGCUCAGGUUAAAACAGCAUCCCUUGGCUUGGCGGGGAAAGCCAGGUCACCUCUGCUGCCCGUCUCCGUCCCCACGGCCCCGGAGGUCGCAGAAGAGGGCCACAAGCAGACGGAGGACUCCACCAACGUUUAUGAGCAGGAUGAUCUGAGCGAACAGAUGGCCAGUUUGGAGGGGCUAAUGAAGCAACUCAAUGCUAUCACAGGCUCAGCCUUCUAACAGCUCUUGAUGAAGCGAUAAUUAUCCCGGAGCAUUGCAGCAUACCAGGAUUUCACGCCAACCACCCACGUACACCACCCCAUAAAAUCAUCUUGUUCCCGGUACCACUCCUUCAGCGCAAGGAGGAUUCCUGCAAAGUCCUAAAAAGAAUGAUAAAAUGAAGAAAAAGGAGAGAAUAUCGAUGGAAAUGUUCGAGAACUGUAGAGCUGGCAUCUAAAGUGAUGGAAGCGUGGCAAGGCGGAUGACGUCAUCACCGCGGUGUCGUAGCUGAUGCCACCAGAUUGCUCGUUUUGAUCUACUAGUCUUCGUAGAGCUCAAGUUGUCAUGACUAACUCAUGUUUUACUCCGUAGAGGUUUGUAGCUCUUUGUAUAGAUCUAGUCUUACCUCAUGCAAGUCUGUUUUUUAAACACAGACCAUGCCGUUAAUGAGACAGUGUCGUAGGCCGCUCCUUUGGGUUUGUUGGUUUUUUGGUUUUUUUUUAAAUACGUAAUUACUGACGACAGAAACACCCAUAGCAAAUAAUCACACCACCACGCCGAAAAAAUCUGGAAGUUUUCCCAACAGCACAAAAUGAAAAAAGACAAAUUACUAAUUUCUCUUGUCGUCUCCCCGCCGCUCAUCUCGCCCGAGCGGUGGGGAUUAGCGAGUUGCUGCGAAAAUUCAGCCAUUUCAGCGAGCGUUUGUAAAUCCUCCCGUAGUUCAUGUUUUAUGUAUGGCGAACAGAG